GGCAUGCCUCUUGAGCCCAGUGAUCGCAUGUUUGAGUGACCUACACAAUCCUUCCAACAAUGGCCGAAGACCCAGCAGAAGUUGAGAGACUCAUUCUCUCACUGUACCAACCGAAUCCUCCCGAAGUGAUUGCUCAGACACAAGCAACCUUAUCUCGUCUUCAAGGGACUCCUGAAGCUUGGGGUCUUGCACGUAUCUUAUUGGAGAAGCCUGAUCAACAGGUCAAGUUCUUUGGCGCACUCACCAUCGUCAUCAAACUCAAUAAUGAGAGCUCAUCCCUUUCACCUGAAGAUGCAUCUGAGCUGUUACUAUUAUUGAUAAAUCACUACCUUGAUACGCUGCGCAGCCAAAGCUCGCCGUUGGUUGCCCGGAAACUUGCAUCAGCCCUUGCGACUUUCUUCAUCAACUUUCACCAACUAUGGAGUCGUUUCAUCCGACAUCUCAUAUUCUGUUUAGUCUCAGGCCAAUCGUGUCUACCAAAUGCCCUCGAUGAAGGACCCGAUACGGUUUCGCUUAUGGAGCGCGUGGAGCCAUCACAAGCACAGGCUGCUCUUUGGGUAUUGACGAACGUUUUCGAUGAGGUUGCCAAGAUCAACCUGAACUCCGUGCAAAAUAUUGGUAUCUAUGGUUCCAUCUUGGAGAAUAGCUCCGAUGCAGUGGCUUUGAUGAGUCGCAGCAUGUCACCGCAAACGACAACUGAAGAAGCCCAUGAAGACGCAAUUCGAUGCCUACAGUCGUGGGUUUGGUUCGCUCAAAAGUCAUCGUCCAAGGAUACAAGACUCUCGGAACCCAUCGGACCCUUGAUCACAGCAGUAAUCACCUCCUUGACAGUCGACGAACUUUACAGUGUAUCAGUCGAACUAAUGGUAGAUCUGUUAUCCAACUGUUUAAUGUUCCUGAGCGAUACCCAUUUCGCCAACCUUGCUCAACUCUUUGACUCCCCCUGGUCUCAAGGUCGCUAUGAGAAACUAGUGCAAGGAGACUUUGAGUUUGACUCUCUACAAUACGGCUUGCUCCUUUUGGCCUUUGGAGAGGCGAAGAUUGAGAGAUUCAUGCAAAGCGAUGACAGCAGGAGUCAGAAACUGCUCUCAAAUCUAUGCGGUCUACUCGCUGCUCGAGGUUAUGUUAUUGAGGAAGACAGGAUCUUUGUCCCAGCUCUCGAGUUCUGGCUGACUUAUGCUGAGACCUUGACUGAUCUAACGUAUUCAGAUGAGGAGUCAACUGGAACCUGGGUUCCCCGAGCUCGUUCCCAUCUUCUGCAAGCUGUUUCGAAUGCAUGGCAGAAAAUCACAUACCCACCUGCUGAAGAAUUCCACUCGUGGGAUUCGAACGAACGGAUAAGUUUCCAUGAAGCAAGAAAGGAUGUAGUCGAUCUUCUUCAGUCCGUAUUUACAUUGGUAGGACCACAGCUCGUGUCUACCUUUGCGGACCUUGUUCUGAAAGCUUUGUCUGAUUCGUCGUGGCCUCAGCUCGAAGCAGCGGCCUUUUGUUUGGGUGGACUUGCCGAUUGCAUCAGCGAGACAAACAGAGGUGACGAUGCGCUGUCCGUGGUUUUCAAGUCAUCCCUGUUCGCGAUCUUGCGUUCAGGCCAGUCCGAGAUUCCUCCUAAGGUUCAGCAAACGUGCGUCUCUCUGAUUGCCCGCUACACAGAGUACUUCGAGCGCAACGUUUCUGAGCUACACCCCGUGCUGAACUUCAUCUUUGGCGUGGUCGGAGAACAUGCAAUGGCCAACGCCGCAGCAAAGUCCAUUCACAGGUUAUGCGGUUCCUGUCGCGGAUAUCUUCAUACAGAAGCCAACAGCUUUCUCAACGAGUAUCAGAGCCUAGUAUCCGGAAGACGGCUUGACUGCGGCGCUAGCGAGAAGGUAGUCGGUGGUAUUGCAUCAGUCAUUCAAGCGAUGCCUGAUUCAAACCCGAAAUAUUCAGCGUGUGGUCGCCUUCUCGAGUUUGUUCAGACUGAUGUCCAGCGUUCUCUGGACCUUCUAAGAUCCUACGACGGCAGCCCUAUGCCAUGCUGUGCUGUUUACACCUGCUCAUAUGCUGCCCCUGAUGAGAGUCCUGCCCUUCACACCGCACUGAAGUCUCUGAGAUGCCUGGCCAGCAUUGGGAAAGGUCUCCAAGCCCCAGCCGAGCUAUCAGUUGAUCUGGAGAGUAGCAGGGCCAGCACUCGAGCCGUGGAUCCUCAUCUUGCUCAGCUCCAAGGAAGCAUCAUGUCGAUGAUCAGCGAGAUUCAAGAGGCCUUCAACACCAGCGGUGAGGUUGUUGAGCUCAUCUGCAGUGUCCUACGCAGUGGGUUUUCAGAAUCUGAACCUGGUCCCUUUGUACUGCCACCACAGAGCGUUGCACAGUAUUUGACGAACCAGAAUCUUCAAACACCAAGAGUUGGCCUGCUCGUCAAGACUGCUUGCUCUUUCGUCAGCUCGCUUGAACAUGAUGGACUCGACAACCAGCAAGACAUGUUAAACUCUGUGCUUCUCUGGGUAAUUGGAUUGCUCAAACAGCUACCCAGUAGGUUCCGCGACCCAACGUUCCGUACUCAGCUAACCGUCAACUUUACAAUAGACUACGAGGUAGACACCGAACUUACACAAAACGGCAUUGACUUCGUAACACGCCUUUUAAACAAGCGCCCCAUUACUUUACUUCGCCUCCAGCCUUCCGACGCUGCCGAAUUCUUCUUUCUCUUCACCCUUCAGGUAUUGGACGGAAAGGAGCCACUCCCGAAAGCAAGUGCAGCAGAGUUCUGGGUAAGAUCGGCUGUUGACAGUUGGGCGCCAUCACCAAAACUAACAUCAGGCAAACAGGCUACCUUUGUCAGCAUUAAGUAUGAUUCUCAAGAACUUAAUGAUGUUGCCCAGCAAGCUAUGCAAAUGCUGGGGCCUUUGCUCUCGCGGACUCUUGCUAGAAACCUUGGGGGCAAUGCUUCCAGAAGUGAGCUUGACAAGUUGAGCGAGCCCCUCAAGAAGCUGGUAUCUCGGUACCCCAUGGCCAAGAGCUGGCUUGAGGCUGGUCUCACACAUGAGACCUUUCCUAGUACAAAGGUUACCCCUCAGGACAAAUCGAUGUUCUUGAAGAAGAUCAUUAGUCUUAGGGGAGCCAAGGCGACAAAUCAGGUUGUCAGAGACUUUUGGCAGUCGGCGCGAGGCUCAAAUUUUGCUUACGCCUCAUGA